AUGCUACGACCGGACAUGGCAGAAUCGAAGCGGGCCAGGUUUCUACCACAACGAUGUCAACACCACUCGCGGAAGUCCCAUCAGCAUGAUCAAGUACCGCAACCGCAGUCUCACAAUAUCAACGACGUCGCCAUUACUUUAUCCGAAUGCAUGUUGGGACCGGUCCCAUGGGCUGCCUCCGAAAAGUCACUGAAGAACAACGUCGCCCGCGUGUUAGUCGAUAAGGGCGCAGAUACAAAUCCCAGAGGCGUUUCGGCCAGCACCAUCUUUUCUCUCAUGAAAGCCAUUGACGAGCUCUGUUUCCUGGGGCUACUGUUCCCGACGCCCCAGAUCAACCAUGCUUCUCAUCCAGUCCUUCUAGAAAUCGGACCAACGCGGGGUAGGGUGGGUUGGACGCAGCCGCUACGGACUAGUAAGCCAGGGUGCCCCAACAUCGUCAUCCGCCUGAGCACGGUCCGCCACCACGAUGACGGCAUCGGCACCGGCAAGCCGCUACCACUCAGGGAUAUCGUUCAGGUCGCGGUUCACGAGAUGGUGCACGCCUAUCUUUUGUUGCUUUCGUGUCGGCGAGACAAGUGCGAUGUGGACUUUGAUGUAAUGCAUCGCGACUCUGAUGGCGGGGGCCACGGGCUCGCCUUUGUUGCUUUGCUCAAGGCUGUUUUGGGGCAGAUCCAGAGCUGGGCGACCGAAUUGCGAGAUUUCGGGUUGACUGACGAGUCCAUGCACCCGUACGAAGAUUUUGGGCUAGAGUUGUGGAAGAGGGGGGAUAGGAUCUCCUCGAGGAGCAAGGGGCAGCGUGUUUGGUGGCUUGCCGCGAAGCCUUUGUGA